AUGGUAAUGCUCGUGGUCUCCGUGCACUCGCUGGAAGAAAUUUAUGCGACGACACCUUUCAGCAACCGAAAUCCACGGUGGAUGGACCUUAGGGUCCGGAGGCUACGCAGGGGCGACCGGCAGCGCUGCAAGGAUGGGCGGCUGUCGAUGCUGAAGGCGGCGCUGCAGAGGAGCUCCGACGCUGCGGAGGAGCAGAGGCAGAGGGAGAGUCCAGGCUGCAAAGAGGUGGAAGAGGACGAAGAGGUGGAAGAGGACGAAGAGGUGGAAGAGGACGAAGAGGUGGAAGAGGACGAAGAGGUGGAAGAGGACGAAGAGGUGGAAGAGGACGAAGAGGUGGAAGAGGACGAAGAGGUGGAAGAGGACGAAGAGGUGGAAGAGGACGAAGAGGUGGAAGAGGACGAAGAGGUGGAAGAGGACGAAGAGGUGGAAGAGGACGAAGAGGUGGAAGAGGACGAAGAGGUGGAAGAGGACGAAGAGGUGGAAGAGGACGAAGAGGUGGAAGAGGACGAAGAGGUGGAAGAGGACGAAGAGGUGGAAGAGGACGAAGAGGUGGAAGAGGACGAAGAGGUGGAAGAGGACGAAGAGGUGGAAGAGGACGAAGAGGUGGAAGAGGACGAAGAGGUGGAAGAGGACGAAGAGGUGGAAGAGGACGAAGAGGUGGAAGAGGACGAAGAGGUGGAAGAGGACGAAGAGGUGGAAGAGGACGAAGAGGUGGAAGAGGACGAAGAGGUGGAAGAGGACGAAGAGGUGGAAGAGGACGAAGAGGUGGAAGAGGACGAAGAGGUGGAAGAAGGGAAGGAGGCAGAAGAGGGUGCAAAUUUAAAAGAGGGUGAAGAGCAUGAAGAGGGUGGUGGCGAAAGCUGCGGGAAGGCUCAGGCAUAUCCCAACUCCAGCAAACCAGCAACUGUCGUGGGCACCUCCCAACUCACUAGUGAAGCACAAUGCAGUCCAUCUAUCGCCGAAAAUGAUGAAGACCUCGAUGAACAGGCCAUGAUGAGUGAAGAUCAGGAUGUGUAUGAAUGGAAUGAGAUGACUGACAAUCAGGAUAUGUGA